GGAACCAGGAACGGGAACCAGCAAUGGGAACUGGAACCGGGAAUGGGAACCAGCAAUGGGAACAGGAGUGGGAACGGGAAUGGAACCAGGAAUGGGAACGGAAAAGGGACAGGGAGUGGGACCUGGAGCACUGGGAAUGGAACCGGGAAUAGGAACUGGGAAUAGGAACGGAACCGGGAACGGGAAUAGAAUCGGGAAUGGAACUGGGAACGGAACCAGGAACGGGAACGGAACCGGGAAUGGGACCGGGAGCACCGAGGGCACCGGGAACGGGACGGGGAACAGGAACAGAACCAGGAAUGGAAGCCGGGGUACUGGAGCGGCAGGGACAGGGGGCACAGGCAGCCGGGACCGGGGCAGAGACACCCGGGACACCGGGACCGGCUCUGGGACACCCGCACCCGCUCUGGGUUACCGGUACCGGCUAAAGGACAACCGGCAGCGGGUCAGCGACACCCGCCCGGGAUAACCGGUACCGGCUCCGGCUCCGGACACCCGCCCCGGGACUCCUGGCACCCUCCCCGGGUGACCGGUACCGGCUCCGGCUCCCUGACACCCGCCCCGGGUUCACCGGCAGCGGCUUCCGACACCGGCCCCGCGUUCCCCGCUCCCGGCCCCGGCGGCUCCGAACCCGGCAGGCGCUCCGAACCCCCCUGACAGCGGCCCGGUGCCGGUCCCGAUCCCGAUCCCGGCCGGGCCCCGGCAGCGGCUCCGGGCCCCGCUCACGGCCCCGCCCCGCCGCAGUUCCGCUUCCGGCUCUGUUCCGCUUCCGGCCGCGCUCCGCUUCCGGUUCCGGUCGCGGUGCCGCCAUGCCCGAGGCGCUGUCGCUGCUGUGCCGGGUGUCCGCGCACCCCGAGUCCCGCUGCUGGGCGCUGGCCUGGAGCCCCAGCGGGGCGCUGCUGGCCUCCUGCGGCGGGGACCGCACCGUGCGCAUCUGGGGCCGCGACGGCCCGGGCUGGUCGUGCCGGGCGGUUCUGGCCGAUGGCCACCAGCGCACGGUUCGCAGAGUGGCCUGGUCACCCUGCGGUCAGUUCCUGGCCUCGGCCAGCUUCGAUGGCACCACCUGCAUCUGGAAACGGCAGCAGGAUGGCUUCGAGGUGGUGGCCACGCUGGAGGGGCACGAGAACGAGGUGAAGUCGGUGGCGUGGGCGCCCUCGGGGUCACUGCUGGCCACCUGCAGCCGGGACAAGAGCGUCUGGGUCUGGGAGGUGGACGAGGAGGAGCAGGAGUUCGAGUGUGUCAGUGUGCUCAGCGCCCACACACAGGACGUCAAACACGUGGUGUGGCACCCCAGCCAGGAGCUGCUGGCCAGCGCCAGCUACGAUGACACGGUGCGCCUGUACCGCGAGGACGAUGACGACUGGGUGUGCUGUGCCACCCUGGAGGGUCACACCUCCACCGUGUGGGCAGUGGCCUGGGAGCGCUCUGGCCAGCGCCUGGUGUCCUGCAGCGAUGACCGCACCCUGCGCGUGUGGGAGCGCUCGGAGCCCGGGCAGGGGCACGGCAGUGGCACGGAGCCCAGCUGGAAAUGUGUGUGCACCCUGUCCGGGUACCACGGGCGCAGCAUCUACGACGUGGCCUGGUGUCCCCUGACGGGCGCGGUGGCCACGGCGUGCGGUGACGACGCCGUGCGGGUGUUCGAGGAGGCGGCGGCGGCCGCGGGCUCUCCGGUGACGUUCAGCCUGGCGGCGCACGUGCCGCGGGCGCACGCGCAGGACGCCAACGGCGUGGCCUGGCACCCGCGGGAGCCGGGGCUGCUGGCGUCCUGCGGGGACGACGGGGACAUCGCCUUCUGGCAGUACCAGCGCCCCGAGGGGCUCUGAGCGGGGCCCUGCUCUGGCUACCUGGAGCCUCCUGGGGCUACCGAGAGUCUCUGCUGCCUGCCUGGAGCCUCCUGUGGCUAUUGGGAACCUCCCGCGGCUACCGGGCGCCUCCUGUGGCUACUGGGAGUCUCUUCUGGCUACAGGGAACCUCCUGUGGCUUCUGGGUGCCUCCUGUGGCUACUGGGAGUCUCUUCUGGCUACCUGGUGCCUCCCAUGGCUACCGAGAGCCUUCUGGAUACCUGGAACCUUCUGUGGCUUCCAGGAGCCUCCUGUGGCGACUGGGAGUCUCUUCUGGAUACCUGGAACCUCCUGUGGCUUCCGGGAGCCUCCUGUGACUACUGGGAGUCUCUUCUGGCUACAGGGAACCUCCUAUGGCUUCAAGGCACCUCCUGUGGCUACUGGGAAUCUCUUCUGGCUACCUGGAGCCUCCUGCAGCUACUGGGAGUGUUCUGUGGCUGCCAGAAUCACCCAACAUCCUCCAGGACAGCCCUUGGGCCUCCAAAAGCCUCCUGUGGCUACCAGGACCACCCCAUGGCCUCCAGGACAUUGCAGUGUCUCCAGGACCUUCCCAAGUCCUGCAAGACCCUUCCCACAUCCCCCAGGACCCCAUCCGGGACCUCCCAGUCUCCUCCAAGACCCCCCCAAGUUCUCCAGGACCCCCCAGGGUCUCCAGGAUCUUCCAGGACCUUCCCAAGUUCCCCAGAGUCCUGCCCAUGUCCCCCCAGUGUCCCCUCCAUCGGGUUUGUGGGGUCGGGGUCGGGUUUGAGCCAAUAAACCCCAGGAUUUCCUGGGAGAAUCCCCCA